ACCAGAGUCGUUCUGGCGGCAAGUGUCGGCAGCCCUUCGGGGUUGACCCCUGCGGGCCGAGGGAUAGGCCGCCACUCCAACUCUGGUGCACUGCUUUGAAAUAAUGUGCCUACCUAUCAGGCGCCCCGACACGGAGUGAAUCUGCCCCUCGCUACACGGCGCGCCACGGUGAUCCUGUGCCUGCCCUGGCUGUUCUCGGGCGCGGCCUCCUUCUCGCUGCUGUUCUGGAACCACUACGAGGCGGAGGGCGGCGCGUGCACGGACCGCGUCGUGCCCGCGCUGUUCGUCUGCUCGAUCGGCGUGCCGCACUCGUUCCUCGUGCUCGUGCUCGUCGGGCUGGUGCACGUGCGCAUCCGGCGGGAGGUGCUGCUGAGCCGCGUGCGGCGCAAGUCCAUGGAGUCGGGCCACUCGCAGCCGGCGGGCAUGUCGCCGUCGAGCGAGGACGCGCGCAAGUCGGCCCGCGUGCUCGUCAUGGUGGUGGGCUGCUUCUCCGCCACCUACACGCCCAUGUGCGUGCUCCUGGCCUCCAGGAUGGCGGGGCUGCGCGGCGACGCGCUCGACCUCGCCUUCUCGCUGUCGUUCACGCUGGCCAACGUCAACUCGCUGCUCAACCCCUUCAUCUACUCGUGGCAGAACGUGACGGUGCGCACGGCCAUCAGGCACCUCCUCCGCUCCUUCCGGCGCGCCGGCGCGGGCCUCGUGGCCAACACGACGCCGGCCUCGUCGUCCUCGGGGCGCGCCGAGCUGCAGCCGCCGCCCCGGCCGCGGCGCGGCCCCGGCGCCAGCAGCGCCAGUGACUGUACCCGCUGUGCAGUACCUGGUCACGUGCGGCCCCCGCCGCCGGCCUCACCCGGAGUGGACGUCCUUGCGUAGCGAUGACCGCUGCCGCCGUCAGCUCCGACUUCUCUGUGAUCCAUUACUAUUAAUUACCUCAAUUCGCGGUGUCAAUAAUCGUCGAAAUAAGGACGAAUCUAUGUCGACUGUCGACUCUGUCCGAACGAUUAUGCCGAUAAGAUCGAGUGUCACUUACUGGUCAAACAUGAUUGUAUUAGUAUAGGUUUGUGUUUUUAGUCGUCUUAUGUAUACUCGCAAAAACAUUUUUUCUUAUAUGUUUGUUUGUGGUUUGAAAGUCAUGCAAAAUGUGAUAAAGCGAUUACAGGAGUGUUAUUUAAAUAAUAUUUAUGUGCAUGUCGUCCUACCUAAAACACAUUUAUGUGCGAUUGUAAAGUUGUGGUGAGGCAUAUUGAUGUCUCAUUAGUAAGCAUUUUUCAUCUCAGGUAUUCUAGACAAUGACGACUACGGAGGCGCGUUGUACUCCACUCGUAUGCUUCCUGCUCCGAUGUGAGUUUUCCUUGUGACUAGGAAAUCAACCAAUAAUCAAGGUGGAUACUGUGUCAUUAUCAGGAAAAAAGUAGCAGUUUUGUACCAAAGUAGAGUUACUUUGUUCAUGGGGCAGUGCUCAACAUGUUCAGUGCACGUGUAAAGAACUAUGGUUGUGUCUUUCCUCAGUAAUAACAAUACCAUUGU